GAAGUUCAAACACAGUCACAUGAGUGACGCCCUGUCACAUGAUGUUUUCCAGACGUUGCCAUUCUUGAUGGAGAGCUAAUUUCAAAGGCUGUAGAAUCAGACAGUGACAAACAACAUGGAGACAGAGGGGAGGGCAGAUGAGAGUUCCUCGUCUCAGCGUGACCCUCCUCAGAACACUGGCAGCUACGAAUUCAGCCUGACUCCCCAGGACUCUCGGCCUACAGAGGACUCCCAGCCUGCAGAGAAAUCAGUCCCUAUUGAAGAGCCCAUUGUAGUGGACAGAAAGGCCAUAGAGAAACUGACAGAAGGCCUGCUCUCUCACUACCUGCCUGACCUCUACAGCUCCAAACAGGCUCUGUUGGAACUCAAUCAAAACCAAGUCAUCCUGCUGGACACACUGGACCAAGAAGUCACCAAAUUCAGAGAGUGCAACUCCCUACUGGAUCUAAACUCACUGUUCACAGAGGCCAAGUUUUAUCACGGUAAACUGGUGAACAUACGUAAAGACAUGAUCAUGCUGCACGAGAAGACAACUAAACUAAAGAAAAGAGCGUUGAAGCUGCAGCAGCAGAGACAGAAGGAGGCGAUGGAGAAAGAACAACAGAGAGAGAAGGAGCUGGAGAGAGAGAGGCAGCUGAUUGCCAAACCUGCCCAGAGAACAUAGAACCAUCCAUGAACUCUAACUCUGUCACUGCCAACUAUACUAUAGAGCCAAUGACGAGGGAUGCAGCACACAUGUCGAGGGCUCCGGUCCUGACCCCAUCUUUGGUUGUUGAACAGUAGACCAACUCUAUUCCUCAAGAUGACACAGUUCAUCCAUGGUUGUUGUCAGAAAGUCAGACAUGAUUUGGUCGCUUGUAUGCAGAGGUGUUAGGACAAGUACUGCUUGUAGGUAGUUUUAUAUUCAGAGGUGUCAAGACAAUUACUGCUCCUUGUUAGUUUUUGUGGCCAAUCAUGCUGUUUAGAUCAGAAACAGCACACGCCAGCAGUGAUUAUUCCUCACUUCCUCCUAAAUGGCUGUAAUAAUAGAGAUGUCUGAGGUGAAUAAAAGAGAAGAGCAGAUGAAGUCAA